AGGCACUGCUUAGCUUCAGUGGGCUGACAGCUGUGAGCUCCAGGGUGAUAUAUCCGAUUUAUCUUACCUGGCACUUCAUGAUCGCUAUGAGCCUGAUCACGGUCGGGGGACCCAAUUUUAAAGUAUAUGGGGUUUUGUGUUAAUAAUCCAGUGAGGACGAUUACUGCUGAAUUUAAGAGCAUCUCUGUGCCUAAUACUGUCAGGGAGGGGGUGCUGGGACGAUCUGGGACCCUGGACUCCCUUCUGCCACAGUCUGGAGAUGUGCUUGUUACCACACAGUCACUCCGGCUUCGAGCAGGAGCUAAGCUGUCGCCAGAAAAAGGUUAAGACCCUGGAGGAAAGCAGCGCAGUCCAGAGAGAUACACGUAUGACACCCGAUUUCUAGUUGGGCAGCUGUCAUGGAUCUGAAAGGAAUAAACAAACGCACCUCCGAUCUGUAGUGUGACAUUGAAAGAGGAAGUGUCCUCUCUGUCCACGCAACGGCCCUUGCACUUUUCACAACUUCCCCAGGAAAAAGGAUACUCCAUAGAAUUCAAGACUUCUUCAUGUUUGGUCAGAGCAUUUGCUCGCCUCACAGUGCAAACUUUUUUUUUUUCCUUUUUGCCCUUCUACUUCUUUUUACUCUUCUGGAAUUAACCUCUGACUGUUCCUUGGUUACACAAGAAGCAUUCUUUAAAAGUGACAUAGGAACUUCUUUUACGAUGCAGUUGUUUUCAGUUUUGUGGCUUACAUGCCUUUGGUCACUUGCCCCACCAGCGAUCAGCAAAACAGAAAAAGUGAGUCCUACAGCUUGGGAUUUGGGAUACAUUAAAGAAGGCAGAAGAGUCAGACUGUUGGGCGGGAGUGACAGCUGUUCAGGGAGAGUGGAGGCCUAUCUGUACGGCCAGUGGGGGAGACUUUGCUACCAUGACUGGGACAUUGCUGACGCCCAGGUUGUGUGCAGAGAGCUGGGCUGCGGCUCUUCCUUUUCUGCCACCGCAGAUUUUGGCAAAGGGCCAGGCCUCGUCCAUCCUUACAGAGUGAUGUGUACCGGACAGGAGCCUUCAUUGCAUAACUGCUUGUUUAUGAGAGGAAACAUUGUUCAGUGCUUCUCUGAUGCUGGAGUGAGGUGUACCGGUACUGGGGAAACCACACCAGCUAUGCCAACAACUCCAAAACCAAGAUCUUUGGAUGAUUCCCUAAAGCCCGGCAUUGAAGUAUAUGUACAGUAUGGGAACAGUGGAAAAUAUGUUGUGGUUUGCUCAUCCCAGCAGUACAUUGGUGAAGGUGCUGUUCAUUUGGAAAUUGUGUCCCAGAAAACCUACACCCUACAAAAUCCCGUGUGUAGCAGAGAAAACAUGUGUCUUUUCUCUGUGGAUGAAACCCCACCAGUGUCCUUCACCUGUGUGCAGAAAACGCAGGAUUCAGGACAUGGUCCCUUAACUUUGACCAGUGAUUCCCAGACUGUCAGCAGCCCAGGUCCCAAACACAGUUUUUCUUCAAUGUCAUCCUUUUCCAAAGCCUACACUGCCUUUAUAGUGAUCGGUGUGACUGGAAUGAUUAUAGCCAUUUUUGUGACUGAGCUCAAGGCAAGACGAACAGAUCCUUCACGAAACAGCAUCGAUAAUCACACAAAUCAUCAAGACGUUUCCCACUAACUGAAAUUCCAC